UUAAGUAUGGCGGAAGAAGAAACAAAGGAUGUUGUUUCUAACGUGACUAUGUCUAAUAAUACCGAUACGAAUAACGAUUCUGGUGUAAAUGAAAGAUGCAGUCUCAGUAAUCAAAACAUCAUCAUGAAUAAUGUUAGUAAUGAGCCCGUUUUGGAGAUUGGUGAACAUUAUAUGGUUCGUCGAUCUGACGAAGCAUGGCAUCCUGCAGAAAUUAUUCAAGUUCGAACAAAUGAACAAGAAGGAGGAAAAUAUGAAUAUUAUGUACACUAUGAAGGCUAUAAUCGUCGACUCGACGAGUGGGUUGAUAGAGAAAGGUUCGAUCUUAUUUCAACGUAUAAAGAUUUAGAUGGUAAACAUGGACAUUCUCAAAAUGAUCUUGGUGAUCAACCAGACAGAAAAAUUACAAGAAACCAAAAACGAAAGCAUGAUGAAAUAAAUCAUGUACAAAAAGUAAGUGUUAAGACUUUUUACUCUGUAGAUAGACACCAUAAAGCAAUUACAAAAGUAAAAUAUAUUGAUAGAAUACAGUUUGGAAAGUAUGAGAUUGAUGCUUGGUAUUUCUCACCAUUUCCUGAUGAAUAUGGAAAACAGCCUAAACUAUGGAUAUGUGAAUAUUGUUUAAAAUAUAUGCGAUUAGAAAAAACAUACAGAUAUCAUCAGGGAGAAUGUACUUGGCGUCAACCUCCAGGAAAAGAAAUUUAUAGAAAGGGAACAAUUUCUGUAUGGGAAGUGGAUGGAAAAGAUCAUAAGAUAUAUUGUCAGAAUUUAUGUUUACUUGCCAAACUUUUCCUUGAUCAUAAAACUUUGUAUUUUGAUGUUGAACCUUUCAUCUUUUAUAUAUUAUGUGAAGUAGACAAACAUGGGGCACAUUUAGUAGGAUAUUUUUCCAAAGAAAAAGAAUCUCCUGAUGGAAAUAACGUCGCUUGUAUUCUAACAUUGCCACCAUAUCAACGUAAAGGAUAUGGAAAGUUUUUGAUAGCGUUCAGUUAUGAAUUAUCCAAAUUUGAGCAUUCUGUCGGAUCUCCUGAAAAACCCUUAUCUGAUUUGGGAAAAUUAAGCUAUCGUAGUUAUUGGUCCUGGGUGUUAUUAGAAAUUUUAAGAGAUUUUCGUGGGACUUUAACAAUUAAAGAUUUAAGCCAAAUGACUAGUAUUAGUCAAGGAGAUAUCAUCAGUACAUUACAAAGUUUAAACAUGGUUAAAUAUUGGAAAGGACAACAUGUUAUUUGUGUUACACCGAAAUUAGUGGAAGAACAUUUACGUAGUGCUCAGUAUAAGAAACCUCGAUUGACUGUAGAUACUUCUUGUCUCAGAUGGACACCUCCUAAAAAGCAGCAAAAAAUUGGAAAGAAAUAAUUUAUGAACCAAUGUUGUAGUAUAUGUAAUCAGUAAAAAAUAUAGUUUAUAUUCUACCUCAUCUUUGUUCACCAUUACAUGUAAAAUUCAUCUAUGUUGCAGUAAUUGUACCUAUGAAUGUUUGUUUGAAUUUCUUCCUUGGUUUUUCAUGUUUUAUUAAGUGAUAAAUUUGUAUUUUGAAUAUUUUAUCCAGUUCAAAACUGAUUUGUAUAAGUGUAUAAAGCUUAAUAAUGAUGUCAAGACCAUGAUAUACGAAAUAUAAUUUCUUUUAAAUCACACAAUAAAAAAGUU